GUCUACAUUUAUCCAUUGUACUCUCUCUCUUUCUCUUGUCUCUUUGAGGUUGGAGAGAGAGAGAGAGAGUUUCAUUAAAAAAAACCAGGCCCUUAAACUGUUGAUGUCUUGUCCUUUCUGAAUCUGUUUCUGGGUUUUCUUUUCUCUCUUCCAAAUUUCCAUCGUUGUAUAUAAAUUUACGUUCUUUCGUGGGAGAAAGAUAUUGACUUUUUAAAGAAUAAAAUGUUUGUUAAGAGUAGAGGGGAGCAUGCUUCAAAGCAUGUUUUACCGAAGAACUUGGCUCUCUUGCUUUGUUUCGCUAGCUUCUGUGCUGGAAUGUUCUUCAGCAAUAGGACGUGGAUGGUGCCUGAUGCUAAGGGCAUUCCGUGGACAUCCAGAACUGGGGGUAAACAAUUUGUGGAUUAUGAUCCAAACAUUGUUUUGAAGAAUGAAGGCAAUAACUCAGGAGACAUUUCAGGGUCCCAACACUCUAUUCUGACCAUGGAUAAAGCCAUUUCAGAUUUGGAGAUAAAAUUGAUGGCUUCUAGGGCCGAACGUGAGACAAUUCAGAAAGACCCUAUGAUAUCUGAAGGCGUGAAGAAUAUAGAAUCGACUUUAAAAAGGAAAUAUUUUAUGGUUAUAGGAAUCAAUACGGCUUUUAGUAGUCAUAAGCGGAGAGAUUCAGUACGUGCGACUUGGAUGCCUCAAGCUGAGAAGCGAAAAAAAUUAGAGGAAGAAACGGGUAUCAUCAUAAGAUUUGUUAUAGGUCACAGUUCAACGUCAGGUGGCAUUCUUGAUAAAGCCAUUGAAGCUGAAGAAAAGGUGCAUGGAGACUUUUUGAGAUUGCAGCAACAUGUUGAGGGCUACCUGGAGUUGUCAGCCAAGACAAAAACUUAUUUUGCCACUGCUGUUUCCUUGUGGGAUGCAGAAUUUUAUGUCAAAGUUGAUGAUGAUAUUCAUGUGAAUCUAGCAACACUUGGUGUGACUUUAGCUAGGCAUAGCAAGAAACCCCGAGUUUAUAUCGGCUGCAUGAAGUCGGGUCCUGUUCUUGCUCGAAAGGGAGUGAAAUACCAUGAACCUGAGUACUGGAAAUUUGGUGAGGUUGGGAACAAAUAUUUUCGACAUGCUACUGGACAACUGUAUGCUAUAUCCAAAGAUUUGGCUACUUACAUAUUCAUAAAUCAGAAGCUGGUCCAGUUACUCAACGAAGCUUUAGUUCUAGUUGUGCGGUGCAUGUGUUCAAAUCGAAGCUCUAAUUUCAUAUAUUUGUUAAUGCCUCCAGUGAUAAUAGUUAUGCUCUGUCUCAGGAAUGUACUGCAUAAAUAUGCUAAUGAAGAUGUUUCUUUGGGAGCUUGGUUUAUUGGUUUGGAUGUGGAGCAUGUGGAUGAUAGGAGACUCUGCUGUGGUACUCCACCAGAUUGUGAAUGGAAAGCUCAAGCUGGUAAUAUCUGUGCUGCUUCAUUUGACUGGAGGUGCAGUGGGAUUUGCAGGUCUGUGGAGAGGAUUAUGGAGGUCCAUGAACGUUGUGGUGAAGACAAGAAUGCUUUAUGGAGCGCAAACUUUGUGCAAACGAUAAGAACUUCUUCCUGAGGAAAAAUACACACAAGAAAUCCAGCAUAGAGAUGCUUUUUUUUUUACCCUUUUUAUACUUCUUUCCCCUUUCCCCACAUUUAUAUUGCAUCCAUAGGUGUAUACGAAUGUGUAGUAGUAUACCAUGCUAAAGAAAUGAAGAUACAACUGCCUAACCUCAUGGUGGGGGGCUGGAUCGAAAGUUUUUUGCCAUGGUGAUGAGAUCUAUAUAAUAUACGUCUAAUCUUUGUAGGCAGCAUAUUGCUGCUUACUACUCAAUAAAAAUCAAUAUUAAUGCUUAUUUAUAUA